AGUCAAAAAGCCCUUCUGUUCGGUGUCGACACCUACAUUAUGUGUCGACACCAUGUCCGUGUCGGAGAUUUGAACUCAGCUCUUCCGUUUAGUGUCGACACCCUAAUAAAGUGUCGACACCACGUCCGUGUCGGGAUUCAGAAAUGCUCAGCCCUUCCAGAAUGCCAUAACCUCCCUUGUUGAUAUAUUUGGCUCUGGAGUUCCAUUCGUUCUUCCUUGAUACUGUGAUGGUUAAUAUCUAUCUGCACAAAUUUGAUUCCUUUUGACACGUAGCCUUUUCAUACUUUCUUUGGGCUCUAGUAUCCAAUCUGUGAGGGAGACGUCCCAGUUCUUGCAUUUUGCUUUCACCCAUUCCCAUGAGCUGACUUGAAUCUGAUUGUAAACCCUUUCAAUCUCCAGUUUCUUUCCAUGGAAUACACAAUUGUUCCUAGC